GAGCUCCUGCCCUCCCUUGGCGGCGGCGGCGGCUCCACCUCUUCCUCUGCUCCCCGCCCGGCUUCUCAUCUCAUCUCGUCUCUCCUCUGUGGAGCCGCCGCCGCCGCCGCCGCCUAAUUCCCAGCCAGCGAUUAAGAGGCGAGGCCAGGCUCGGAUCCUGCGGCGGUAACAGCAGCCAGAGAGGCAGGCGGCGCCUCCGCCGAGAGGAAGGGCGCGCGCGCGCCUUGCGCUUUGGAGAGGGGGGGCCCGGCGCGCGCAGCCCCAUCGCCGGCAAGCAAGCAGCCCAGCAGCAGCAGCAGCAGCCGCCCGGCCUCCCCACCCGCUCCCGGCUCAGCCUGGAGCCGCGCGCCCAGUGCCCGGAGGCGGGGGCCAAGCGCACGUGGGGAAGGAGGAAGGGGAGCCGCGGAGGAGCCCGGCAUGGCGCGCGGGGGCUGCCCUCUGGCGCGCGGGGCGGGCUGAGGGGCCCCGCUCGCUCGCCCACCGGAAGGGCCACGCUGGAGCCGGGAGAGGUGCGCGGAGGAGGGUGACUGCGGGCGCCCCGCCUCCCACCCCGAUCUGGGGAGGAGGGAGCCCCCGGAGGCCAUCAUGGGGGCCCAGGUGAGCUUCGACGCCGCACCUCAGUGACCGGCCAGGAGCGCAUGCAAGAUGGCCGACCAGAGCAACAUCCAGUCGGCGGCUUCCAAGAGCAUCCGCCCCUUCCGCUCCAGCGAGGAGUACCUCGACGCCAUGAAGGAGGACCUGGCCGAGUGGCUGAACACCCUCUACGACCUGGACGUCCAGGUGGAGAACUUCAUGGACGUCCUGGAGACGGGCUACGACCUCUGUCAGCACGCCAACAACGUCAACCGCAUCGCCCUGGAGUUCCAGCAGCUGCACCCGGAGUCCUCUGCCCUCAUGAGGAUGCCUCAGAAGGAGGUGGUCUUCCAGGCCAAGAACGUGGUGCCUGGCUCCUUCAUUGCCAGGGACAACAUCUCCAACUUCAUCCAGUGGUGUCGCCAAGAGCUCGGCAUCCAGGACGUCCUGAUGUUUGAAACCAACGACCUGGUGCUGAAGAAGAACGAGAAGAACUUUGUCCUGUGCCUCCUGGAGGUGGCCCGCAAGGGCUCCAAGUUCGGGAUGCUGGCUCCCAUGCUGAUCCAGAUGGAGGAGGAGAUUGAGGAGGAGAUGAGGGACCAGAUGAGGGACCAGGUUGCCUACGGAGUGAUGGAGACGGAGCAGGCAAGCCAGGAGCUGGGACCUGAGGCCCCUGUGUAUCCCAGCAGGACUCAGAGAAUAACCUUGUGCGACCUCAAGAACCUAGACGAGCUGGUAAGAGAAAUCCUGGGCCAUUGCACCUGCCCGUCUCAGUUUCCCAUGGUCAAAGUCUCAGAGGGUAAAUAUAAAGUGGGAGACUCCAACGCACUGAUCUUUGUUCGAGUCCUGAGGAGCCACGUGAUGGUUCGAGUGGGCGGUGGAUGGGAUACGCUGGAACAUUACUUGGACAAACACGAUCCGUGCCGAUGUCCGUCCUUCUCUCACCGCCUCACGCAGAACCGAGGGCUUGGUUUUUCGCCCCAGAAGAUGGUGAGCCCUGGCAGUCCCCAAGCCGCCAGCCCCAGCGCCCAGCGCCGGGCUGAAGCGAUGGGCGUGCAUAAGCCCCCCGAACCCCUCCGUAUGGGGGACAAGCGUCUCUGGGCCGGAGGGGACGGGGGUCACCCCAAGGCGAGCCGUCCUGGCUACCCAGCCAAGUCAGCCGGAGACCCCGGCACUCCGAGGCAGGCGCCCAGCUCCGCGGUGAAGCAGGAGGGUCUCCCGACGCGGCCCGGCCCGUCUGCCCAGAGCGCCGCCAGCCCCUUGAGGGGACCAGCAGCCUCGGCCCAUCGAGACCUCGGCGAUGCCCGCGGGACCAACAGCCUCAGGCCCCCCCGAGCCCGGCGUCUCUCUGGAGACAGCGACUCUUCGGCAGCGUCUGCGCAGAGCGGCACCCCGGGCAGGAAGCGCCACGAAGAGGGCGCCCCGACACCCCGGAAGGAGUCUGGGAGGCGGAUCUCCGAAGGGGCCGUCCUGCAAGGCCACCCCAACCCCCGAAGGCAGCCGGGGAGCCGAAGCCAGUCCCGCGAGCGGGCGGGCCUGCCCAGGCCGGCUCCGGGGGCCCGGAGGGCGGAGGCGGAAGAGCGGGGCCGCCCCGGCAAGCCGGCCGCGCAGAGCCCCCGCCCCAGGGCCCGCAGCCAGGGGAGGCCCCCGGGGGAGGCCGUGCUGCUCAUCAGCCGCGGGAAGGACGGGCAGCACUCCUGGGCGCGGGCCGAGGACGCCAAGGGGAACGCGGGCGGCUCCGGCCGGUCCACGCCCAGGACCAAGAGUCCGGCAAGGGGGCACUUUGCCCCGGCCGGCUCCAGGAGUCCGGUCCCCUCCGGCCGCAGGGGCUCCCUUCCCGCCACCAGAGCCGCAGACCCCUCGGCCCGCACGCCGCCGGCGGGGUCCAGCCCGCAGAGACCGGCCGGUCCGUCCCGGGCCGCGGGGGAGCCGCCCGGCCGGGAGAGCGGCCCCGCCAGGCAGGCCUCGGAGAGCCUGGGGCAGGAGCUGGAGGCGCUGGCCCACUCCUUCCGCGCCCCGCUGCGGCUGGACCCCAGCCAGGAGCAGCUGCUCUACCGCCGCCUGGAAGAGGAGUUCCUGGCCAAUUCGCAGCUGAUGGGGCUGGAGGAGGACGAGGAGCCGGGGGAGCCCCUGGGCCAGCCCUGCGAGGGCCCCCGGCGCCUGCAGACCACCCCGGACCAAGGGGCCGCCGACUCGGCCUACUGCUCCUCCAGCUCGUCCUCGUCCUCCCUCAACUUCUUCAGCAAGUACGGCCUCCAGCAGCCGGAGCCCAAAGACGAGAGCAGGCGGCCCCCGGCUUCCCAGCGGCUGGGGGCCCCCGAGGCCGGCACCUCGCCCGCCGAGAUCCACAACGGCGCUGCCGACGCCGCCGACCUCUGGGACCCGCCUGCCCCCCUGGAGCGGGCCGGCCGCUGGCGGAAGCCCACCCUCUCCAGCUCCUCGGACGAAAGCAGCUGCUACGUGGGCCUGAACGACUUGCAGGAGGUCCAAGAGGGGGUCGAGCUGGCCGAGCCCGGGGGGGGCGGGCUCUGGGGCACGGCGGGGCUGGCGGCCUCCCGGGCCGGCUCGGAACCGUUGCCCCACGAGGCGGUUGGGGAGCCUCUUGCCGGGCCCCGCCAGGGCUCCCCCGAAGCCCGCCCGCCCGAGGAAGUGGUCCUCCGGCCCAAGUUGGCUCUGAAGCAGCCCGACCGCGUGCCUUCCAUCUACAAGCUCAAGCUGCGUUCCAUGGUCAAGCCCCGCACCGACUCCCAGCCGGACAAGAAGCCCUCCAAGAUCCCCACCCCGCUCAGCUACAAGGCGGCCGGGGGGGCUUCGCCGAAGGAGAGCCCCUCCCGGCGCCCCUUGGAGCACAGAGCCUGGACGGCUCUCCACAACGUCUUCUCCUCCUUUGUGGAGCCUCCCCGGGGCCCGGCGGAGUCCGGGGUGGCGGACGAGGGCGCCUGGGCGUGAGGGGCGCCCGGGAGUGCCGCUCGCCCCCUUCUGCCUGCCGCAGCUGCUCAGAUCUCCCGGCCGCCCCGUAGCUGCCGCUGCUGCCGCCUUGGGCAUGUUCCCGCCGUGACCCUGACCGUGCUGCUGGUUUGAACUGUGUGGUUUUUUUGCAGGGAGGGGACCUGGAUUUGGAGGGUGGGGCUUCCAGAGGCUGGAGGGCCGCCCGGCUUCGGUCACGGCUCCUUUUCUGUGAGAUGCUUUUCGGGGAAAGUCCUUGAGCACUGGAUCCACGGCGGGAGGCUGGAAGAAGCCGCCUGCCUGUGGGGUUGAUCUUCCCCGUUGGCCGACGGCCCCGAUCCUUGACGUUGAGUUUCUUGGCCCCUCUAUUUUUUCUUAGCCUUCUGAAUUCAGUAGCACUUUUGACCUCGAAACCUCUCCCUUCUCCCUGUCGUUCCACGCCUCAACCCCUGGUCUCCUUUGGAGGUGUUUGCAAAAUAAAGCCAAGAAGCAGCUCCUUGGCCUAACUAAAGGGGUCCCCAGAUGUCAUUGGACUAUGAUGGGUCUUGUAGUCCCACAACAUCUGGGGACCUGUGCUUGGGAACCCCUGAGUUACUCCAUGUCAUGUACCUGGGGAUGAUGGGUGUUGUAGUCCAACCGCAUCUGGAGUCCCAAGGUUGGGAGCCCCUGGGCUACCCUGUAUCGUAUACCUGGGGAUGAUGGGAGUUGUAGUCCAAUGACAUCUGGGGACCCACCGGCCAAAUAGAUUAUGGAGACCCUCAGGCCCUCCAAAUAGUGAUUGGGAGCGGGGUAAGUGGUUGCAGGAGAGGGACCAUGGUAUGACUGACUCCUGAGUAUGCAAGGUGGCGUGCUUAAAAAAAAAAGAAAAGACAACCCUCUGGUUUAGCAGAUGAUAUUUUUAACAAGUCAGUGCGUUUGGAGAGGCCAGGGGACAGGAGACGCUGAAGAAUUGCACAUGAAUUCCUCUUCGGCUGGGCCAUCUUGGUUUCCCCAGGGCCGUUAAAAAACCCCUGAUUGCCCGCCUCCCCUGUACUGUAGGUGUGUUUAAUAAUCUAUGCAUAUUUAUAUAAGUAAUACGGAGUGUUUGCUCUUCUCCCCUAUGAUGCCUCCCAUAGAGUGCCCGCCAUCCGACCCCCAUGAAUGUAGCUAACUGAACUGACCCGCGAGCUCUCGAACCCGGACAGUAAAAUGUUGACAAAUCA